UCGUAAAUAUUUCUAUUGUUGUUGUUCCUCUUUCAAUAAUUGUAUUGGUAUAUUAGCUACAUAAAUUUAUAAUAAAAAUAAAAUUGAAGCUGAUGAAAGUUUUUGAGAAUGAGUAAUGUAGACGGAAUUGAUUGCUAUUCAGGUUAUGCAGGAACGAGAUCAAAUGUUGCAAGUAUGGAUUCCUCGAUUGUCUAUGUUUGCAAUAUCUGUUUUCGGCAAUAUACUUUGAUCGAGGACUUACGAGGCCAUUUUAUUGAAUACCACAAAUGUACACCAAGAGUUGCAGAAAGCCCUUCGACAGAGGGAAAAUCUGUAGAACUAACUAAUAAAGAUUGUCAGACUGCUGGGGUAGAGGAGUCAGAUGAAUUGCGAAACCUCCAAAUCGAAUCACAAAAAGAGGAUUGUGUGAAAGUGGAAAUACGGCCAAUGCCAUUUAAAAACUUUCGAAUUGUGCUCCGUUCAAAAAUGAUUAUGGGGUAUACAUAUAUAUGCCCCGUAAAAAAUUCCUGCCCUUACAAAUUUGAAAACGAAGCGAAACUUGCAUUGCAUAUCAAGUGCCACACUUGCCCGAAUGCGGCUCAAAAGUUUAAAUGCUAUGAGUGUAGUGUAGAGCUGACAAAUUGGAGACGUUGCACGGCACAUCUGUGGAAAGCACAUCAAAUAGAUGUGGAUCUAUUACAAUGUCCACAAUGCGAGUAUAAAGCACAUGCGUCCGUGCUCGUUUGGCGCCACAUGCGGGCGCACAAAAAGUGGCGAAUGCGUGUACUACGCUCUCUUCGCGCAGUUCAGCGCAAGCGUUUACAGCAAGACUUGAAGAAUUGCGAUUUGAAUGUGGUUCAAGCAGCCCCGGUCAAUAAAAAUAAGUAUUAUGCUGAGAAGACUUGUGAAAUCUGUAGUCGCAAAUUUGUAAAUGGCAAAACACUUUCAAAACACGUAAAAGCCGUGCAUAAUAAAAUUAAACCGUUUAUUUGCAAUGUGUGUGGCAAAAAAAUGGCGCGUAAGGCCAGUUUGAUUAUCCAUAUGCGUCAACACACUGGCGAAAAGCCACUACAUUGUAAGGUCUGCAAAUUUUCGACUCGAGAUCCCAGCGUGUUAUAUAAGCAUCAACUACGUCAUGAGAAGGCGGAAAAAUUAAAAUGCGCACACUGUGACUUCACCUGCAUUCAAACCAACGCAUAUAAACGACAUAUGCGUUUGAACCAUUCAGAGGAAUAUAAAAAAAUUGCGUGUGACUUAUGCAAUUAUGUUACCAUCAGCUCAGAACGUUUGCAGGCGCACAAAAGUGAUCAUCUCAAAGGCUUAAUUGUUAAUCAUGAAGACUCUAUGGAUGCGACUCGUUCCGGCACUUCGAAGAAUCUCCACAAAUUACGGAACAAAAAUGAGAUGUCUGCUGAUUGUUUCUUGCCAAUUGAGAGUAUUGACUCACUGCCGCAUGAGCCAGCUGUAGAUACCGGUGGUGUUACCAUACCCGCACCUUCGGAGGAUACACAGUUCCCCACCUAUUUAAACAACUGAUAUUAAACCAUAUGCAAAUGCAAUUUUUCUUUAUAAACAUUUCUUUAUUUAUUUCAUUUCUUAUGAUAUGAUUUCAACUUUCUGAAUAAUUAUUAUUAAUUUUAUUUAA